UAUAAUUUUGAAUAAAAUGUCUCAUUUAAAAAUGAAAGAAAUGGAUAUCUUUGGUUUGGGAAACCCGUUACUCGACAUCACGGCAACGAUUGACGACGAUUUCCUUAAAAAGUAUAAUUUACCAAAAAACAGUGCCAUAAUAGCCGAACCACAACAUGAGGCUAUGUAUGAGGAGGUGAUCAAUAAGUAUGACAUUGAGUACAGUGCAGGCGGUGCCACACAAAAUACAUUGAGAUACUGUCAGUGGGUGAUCGGCAAAAACAAUCAGGUGACCACUUUUUGUGGCGCCGUCGGCAACGAUUACUUCGGAAAAAUUAUGGAAAAAAAGGCAAAGACUGAUGGCGUAAAUGUUAAGUAUAUGAUGUCUGAUGAGAAAAAUACGGGUACCUGUGCUAUACUAUUGACCGAUAAUGGUAUGAAUAGAGCACUGUGUGCUUAUUUAGGCGCCAGUGAAAAGUUUGAUAAACACUUUUUGUUAUCAAAUUUUAUAUUUGUCGAAAAAGCACGAUAUAUCUAUACCAGCGGUCAUAUGCUACCAGUAUCAGCUGAUAGUGUCAUGCAUUUGGCAAAACACUCUCACGAAUUGGGAAAAGACUUCUUUUUCAAUAUUGCCGCCCCAUACGUGAGCCAUAAGUGUUCAGACAAAUUGAAUGAAUUGUUUCCAUACAUUGACUUCUUCUUUGCUAACUCUGAUGAAGCCAUGGCUUUCGCCACAAUGAAAGGAUAUCCCUCAAAAGAUAUGAAAGAAAUCGCAAAAAUGAUAUCAAAGGAACCAAAAAUUCAAUACAAAAACCCAAAUAUUCCGAAUGACUAUAAGUCCGGACGUAUUGUAAUAAUAACCCAAAGCGAAAAACCGGUGCUUUUUGCCAGAAGCGACUCCAAUCAAGUCAAGGAAUAUCCAGUGAUUCAACUUAAACAAGAAGAGAUCAAAGACACUAACGGUGCCGGAGAUGCCUUUACCGGUGGUUUUCUAGCCAUGUAUAUCAGCGGCAAAUCAUUAGACACAUGUAUUAGUUGUGCCAUUUAUUGUGCCUCAGAGUGUCUCAAACAAUUGGGCUGUACUUUACCAAAGAGAUGCAACUUUACGCCAUAAAUCAUUGCGAAAUUUUAUUAUUAUUUACUUUUACUUAAUUAUUAUCGACAUUUAAUGAAUUUAAAUUUAAUAUAAAAUAUUAUUAUU